AUGCUGGAAAUACAAAUAAUCAAGGUCGAGAACCCGGGAUGUCUGUGGGCUCGAGUUCUGAAGGGUCCAGGCCUGCAGCCGGACAGUCCAGAGGAAUACGAGAACCUGAGGGUCCGAAUGAACCUCUUCUACCACGAGGUUGACCUGGAUGUUCAGAAACUGAAACCUUCGGAGCUGAAAGAGGGGCUGGUGUGUGUGGCGUUCAGCGUGGCUCUGAAGAGCUGGUGUCGAGCUGUGGUUGAGUCCGUCCUGCAGGGGGCGCUGGACACUCAGGCCUGGUGUCUGUUAGUGGACCACGGAGACCGCAUCAUCGUCAGGGAGGACGAUGUCAGGACUCCGCUGGAGAAGUUCCUGCUGCUUCCCUUCCGUGUGCGGCGCUUCAGGCUGGCUGCUGUUCAUCCCAUGACACUGCAGGUGCCGCUCUCUGAGGACACGGCUGAGUUGGUGCCGUCUGCAUCAUGGGACAGCUCCGCCACUAAAUACCUGCUCAACCUGCUGCAAGUGUCGACUCUGGUUGAAGCCGUUCUCUGUGAAACACAUGACGACUGCUCCGCCAUCGAGCUCUACCUGACCAUCAAUAAUACCAAGAUCUGCGUGAACCAUGAUCUGGUGGCCAAGAAGUUUGCGUGCUUCAUGAGCGAUGCGGAUGGCAGCAGAAGUACAGAUCGAGCUCCGGUCAGUCUGGCGUGGGACAUCUACUCCAGUCCUCAUCAGCUGCUGGAGAUGAAAGGCUGCUGUCCACUCAGAGCUCCGCCCCCAGACACGCCCACCAGGAAGCAGCGCACAGACCACACACACACAGAAGCAGAGCAGCAGAAAGCAGAAGCAGCAGAGGAAAAACACACACCAUCUGUGGGGAAUCCUCCAGUGCAGAAACUGCGCCGUAACCCUGGAACAUACACUAUCGGCAGAGGAUGGAGGAUCCGAGCUGAAGCCACUGACCUCUUCACGACUCAGAUUCACCACAGUAAAUCACAGUACAUGAAGUUUACCACACUUUUACAGCCAAAGCCGAUUCCUGAAUCUGUUAAAGAGAAGCAGUGCAGUCCUGAUCAACCUGACGACAGCAGCGUGGCUUCACGUGUUGUUUUUAAUAUGGUUUACAGUGCGGUCGACUCUGAGGAGCUGAAAGAGGCAGAUCUCCUGCAAGAGCCCAGUCUUGAUGAUCAGCUGGCCUGUGCACGACUUAUGCAGUUUCUGAACCCGGAUCCACUCAAUCCAGACCAGGAAACUCUUGAUGCUAAAGUUGCACGCUGUGAUCCGGGUCACUUGGGUGUUUUGGUUCACUCCGCCAUUCGCAUUGAACCCUGCAGUAACCUGACGCGCGCACCAAUCACAGAGCAGUUCAGAAAGUUCCUGUUGUGGCGGAAGUACAGUGGGCCGAAUGUGGCGGAGAGCUACUGUUGGCCUGCUGUGGCUCGGGGUUUCGACACGGUGCUGGUGUCUCACAGCAGGGACAAUCCUCUGUCCUAUAUUCCUCCUCUGCUGAUGAUCUUACAGACGGUUUCUGUGGUCUCCAGCCUCACCGCUCGCUCAGGGCCGGUAGCCGUGAUCCUCUGUCCGGGGUGGGAGAAGGUUCAGACGGUGCUGGAGCUCCUGGAGGACAGUAAAGCCACACAAGGCCUCCAUCCCACCAGUGUGCUGCUGGGAGUGGACCAAGAUGAGCCCAAAAAGUUCAAGAUCCAGAAGAACUGUCAGCUGCUGGUUACGACCCCAUUCUCUCUGCUGCGGCUGCUGGAUGCUCAGUGUUUCCUCUUCCUGCGUCUCUGUCAUCUGGUUCUGGACGAGGCGGAUCUGCUGUACUCUCAGGCUCCGGAUCAGAUCUCUGCCAUCCUAAAACACUUCCAGCAGCUGGUGUGUGCGGAGGAGCGGGUGGCGUGCCCGCGGCAGAUCAUCGCUGUGGGCGGACGGUGGAGCGCAGGAAUUGACGGGCUGGUGAGGGAACACAUGAUCCACCCGACAGUCAUCAUCACCGUCAUGGAGGAGGCAGCACUGUACGGCAGAGUUCACCAGAGGGUGCAGUUAUGUCUGGACUGUGACAAAGUCUCGGUUCUUCUCUCGUCGCUGGAUUUCCAGCCGCCGAAACCACAGAAAACUCUGAUCAUCACCAACUCUGCAGAGGAGACGGAGCAUGUUUAUAAGGCGGUGGUCAACACUGCGGUCUUCACACUCAAAGCUCACGAGGACACGACGGAUCAGUUCGACUUCAUCAUUGAUCAGUGGAGGAAAGACAUCGGCCAGGGAACGCAAGUCAUUCUGGUGACCACCAAUGACUGCCUGAAGGCCCUCGGGAUCCGGGACGCCACCUGUGUGGUGCAUUAUGGGUUUCCCAGCACCCCGAAGCUGUUCGGCAGUCGACUCUUCUGCAUGUCAGAGAAUUUCAGGAAGCUGUCAGACGUGGAUCACAGUGAGGACUGGACUCCCGGAGCUCAGUCUGUGCUGCUGCUGUCAGAGCAGAAUGUCCGUCAUGUGUGCGGUGUCCUGCGGUACCUGCGGAGAACCGGCGCUCUGCUGCCUCCGGAGCUGCUGCAGUUCGCUCUGGGCGUCCAGCAGGCCAAAGAGGAGCAGAAGACGCACCGGCCCCUGUGCUGCUCGCUUAAAAGCUUCGGCUUCUGCAGAGACAGCACACUUUGUCCAGACAGACACACGGUCAACACGUCUCUGGAUCAGACGCAACUCCCUGACUCCGGGAUGGUCAUGGUUCUGCCGCUGUUCAUCAAGACGGCAAGUGUGUAUGGCGGGCGUAUCGUCAGACAGAAGGAGGAUUGUUACGAGGAUCUGGCAACCCAUAUGAAGAUUCAUUACGCCAGUGAGAGACGCUGUGCUGUGGAGGUGCUGAAGGGGGCACUGUACGCCGUCCAGGAGGAGAACUGCUACCACCGUGUGCGUGUGCUGGAGGUGCCGGAGAAAAGAGAGCAGCUGUUCAGCAGCGUCACCGCCUGCUUCAUAGAUGAGGGCCGCACACAGGAAGUGAAGUCACACCAGCUGCUCCAACUUCCUGCUCAGUUCCAGGAUCUGCCCGGCCAGGCGGUGGAGAUCGUCCUGUGCAGAGUUCAGCCUGUGGACGGAGAGGUGGACUGGAACCCGAAGGUGACCAGAGCCGUCAGUCUGAGAAUCCGAGGGAAGCUUCAUCAGGCCCGUGUGGUGAUGAGUUUGGGAAACACCGUCUGGGUCGACCCCAUGGUGCGAAUGGUGCGAGUGCCGGGACUGAAGACCUUCAUCAACGAGUAUAACGUCCACACGGAGAUCCUGGCCUCGGGCUACGGCGUCAGCAAUCCUCAACAUGUGGAUCUACUGAAGACGGUUUUCCAGAGAGACCAGAACCACAACAUGCUGGAUCAGCAGCUCGCAGACCACAGGUUUGAGAGCGCUUUACUGUCGUCCCAGCAGAGGAUGGAGGUCAGCGAAGACUUUCUGAGCAGUAGGAUGAAGGAUUUAGUGAGAGGCCAUUAUGCAGGGUUCAUCCAGAAUAACACUGCAGUGGUGUGUAACGGAGACAUGAAGAGCAGAGAAGAUGCAGAGCCGUCAGAGAGGAGCGCUGGGUCUGAUCUGAAUGGUUUCUCCUCUCUGAUACACACCAGACUAUCCUGCUCUGAAUCAGAGAGUGAAGAAGCUGUGGACGCCGAUCAGUUACAAACGCUUAAUAACAACAGUAAUAAGAAACCACAGGCUUUGCAUAACUCGACGCUUUUCUCAUUCCAGCCGACCAGUUUCCACCCACAGAUCAAGUGGUUUCAGAGAGGAGAGUCGGUCACCGUCUGCAUAAAGCUCAUCAAUCCGGUGAUGCAGAAAUGUGAAUUCAGCUGCGAGGCUGUCGUCUACAGUGGGUACGUGAAUGACCGUCACUACUAUGUGAAGCUGGAUCUGUUCGGUGACAUCAUCGCUGAGGAGUGCUCAUGGGAAAUGAAGUGCAAUGAGCCAGUGAUGAAGCUGAUGAAGAAGGACAAACGCGACUGGACGACCCUGCUCAAACACAAGAGUGCGUUCGUCAGCUAUGAGUUCGACCGCAUCGAGGAGGCCUGUGUUACAGUAAACGGACACUCGUUCCUGGCCGAGGUCGGAGAAGACGGAUGUUACGUCAGCUCAGAGAGCGACAGCGACAGCGACUGAACAAACCACACAUUAAACACACGCUUCACCCAAAAAUGAACAUUCUGUCAUCAUUUACUCU